AUGACUACUGCUACUGCAACAACUACUACUACUACUACUCCUACAAUAACCCAUCCUACCACAUUAAUGUCUACAUCAGAUGGGUUAAUUACAUUUUCUGAUCAUAUUUUAAAUCAAAUAGAUAAUUUACAAAAAGUUGAAUAUAAUAAAAAAGGUAGGAAAUAUCGAUUUGUUAAUAACACUUUUCAAAGGAUUCGUCAAGAAGAUAAACAUUUAAUUAUUUAUCCUGAAAAUUUAAAUGAAAAAUUAUCAUUUUAUUCAGCUUUUACAAUAUUAUAUAAUAUUGGUGAAGGAGAAAUUUUACAACAAUUCCCAUCAUUUUGUUGUACAAUAUUAAGUUUAGCAUUAGAAUUAGAGAAAAAUAAAUGGUAUGAAGUUGAAAAUUCUUCAAUUAUUCAUUUUAAAAAUGCCAAAUAUGAUCCAAGAGAUUUAAAAGAUUUAGCUGAUGAUUAUAUUCAAUGUCAUCCAAUAGAAAAACAUCAUAUUGAAUGGGGGGUUAAUUUAAUGAUUGCUUCAAAAUUGAAUUUUUUACAUACUGAUCAUCAUAUUGGCACCAAAUUAGAAGGUUAUUAUAUGAAAUAUUUUAUUGAAUCUUAUUAUGGAGAAGAAGCAUUAUUAUCUCAUGAUGUAUUAGUAGCUUUAAAAAGUUGUGUUCAUUGGGGGAAUAUAAAGGGGAUCUUGUAUAAAUUAUCGGUACCCAAUAUUAAAAUUGAUGAUGAAUUGAAAACAUGUUUUGAUAAUUUCCCUGAUCCAAUAGAAGAAUUAAAAUUAAAUGUUUAUGAUCGAUAUCCUAGUGGUACUUCGAAAUAUUCUUUAAUACGUAAAAGUAUUGAUAUUUUAGCCGAUUGGGAAUUUUCAAAAUUGAUUCCCACUACUACCAAAAUUGAAUUAGAUUGGUUAUAUAAUUUAUGUCAUGAAAUUGAAACCAAUCCAAUAAAAUAUCAUUUACGGUCGAAAACUAAAGAUUUAUGUUCUGAUCCAAUUAAUUUAUCAGAAUUAAAUAUGAAAUUUGGUCCCGCCAUAAAUCAAUUAUUAAAUUAUAUUUCUUUAAUUAUUAAUAUUUUUAAUAAUACUGGUGGUGAAUUUUUAUUACAAAAUUCAAAAAUUCCUAAAUUAACUCCAGAAUUAAUUAAUCAAAAUUUGAAUUUAUAUAAUAAAUUAAUUCAUAUUAAUGAACAAAUUGAAAUUUAUUUAUCGAAAAAUUGGGAUGUUGAUGAUAUAAUUAUUCGGUUAGAUAGUGGUGAUUCAAAAAAUUCUUUAUUUACUAAAGUAAUGGAAAUGAGACAAAAAUAUAUCGAUGAUUAUGAAUAA